CCGGUUUCCGGAGAAGCCAAUCAGCGGCACCGCGGUUCCGGGGUAUCAAGUUUCCGCACCCGCCUCCUGAGACUCACAUUUGUCCCCAGACCCGAGGAUGCGGUUCGUGAUGUCCGAAACUGUGCUCCUGCUGCUGUUGGGGGCCCUGGCCGUGACCCAGACCUGGGCGGGCUCCCACUCCCUGAGGUAUUUCCACAUCGCGAUGUCCCGGCCCGGCCGCGGGGAGCCCCGGUUCAUAUCCGUGGGCUACGUGGACGACACGCAGUUCGUGCGGUUCGACAGCGACGCCCCAAAUCCGAGGGAAGAGCCGCGAGCGCCGUGGAUGGAGCAAGAGGGGCCGGAGUAUUGGGACGAGCAGACGCGGAUCGCGAAGACAAACGCACACAUUUAUCGACUGAACCUGAACACGAUGCUCCGCUACUACAACCAGAGCGAGUCCGGGUCACACAGCAUCCAGAGAAUGUAUGGCUGUGACGUGGGCCCAGACCGGCGCUUCCUCCGCGGGUACCUUCAGGACGCCUACAACGGCGCGGAUUACAUCGCCCUGAACGAGGACCUGCGCUCCUGGACCGCGGCGGACACAGCGGCGCAGAUCACCCGCCGCAAGUGGGAGGAGGCCAGUGUGGCGGAGCAGGAGAGGAACUACCUGGAGGACACAUGCGUGGAGUGGCUCGCCAAAUACCUGGAAAACGGGAAGGAGACGCUGCUGCGCCCAGAAUCUCCCAAAACACAUGUGACCCGCCACCGGAUCUCUGACCAUGAGGUGACCCUGAGGUGCUGGGCCUUGGGCUUCUACCCUGCGGAGAUCACCCUGACCUGGCAGCGUGAUGGGCAGGACCACACCCAGGACACAGAGCUUGUGGAGACGAGACCUGGGGGAGAUGGGACCUUCCAGAAGUGGGCAGCUGUGGUGGUGUCUUCUGGAGAGGAGCAGAGAUACACGUGCCAUGUGCAGCAUGAGGGGCUGCCCGAGCCCAUCACCCUGAGAUGGGAGCCAUCCUCUCUGCCCUCCAUCACCAUCCUGGGCAUCAUUGCUGGUGUGGUUGUCCUUGUGGUCACUGUGGUGGUUGGAGCUGUGAUCUGGAGGAAGAAGUUCUCAGGAGGAAAAGGACCAAGCUACUCUCACGCUGCAUACGAUGACAGUACCCAUGGCUCUGAUUCGUCUCUCAUGGCUCCUAAAGUGUGAGACCCACUGCCUGUGGUGGACUGAGCGAUGCAGGAUCUGUUCACACUCCCACUUGGUGACAUCGAGAUCCCCUGACUUCCUGCAGAUGGUGUCAGAAUGUGUCUGCAUUCCUAUUAGCAUAUCGUGAGGACGUAGGAGACUGGCCCCCAAACCCACCAUGACCCCUCCCAUACUGGUUCGUGUUCUGUCUCCAUUCCUGUCUGUCCUUCAUGUUGGGCUGAGUACUGACGCCUUACUUCCCUACUGAAAAUGAGAAUCCUGAUAAGAAUUUGUGUUUUGUAAUUCUUGGUAUGUGGGCAUGAUGAGAUAAUAAAAGAGAGGAUUUGUAUGGUUGGAACAGAAAAUAAAUGAAAGCCCUGAGAACUUUCCAGAA